CAGAAGGAGAGAGAGAUCUGGAGAGAGCAAGAUAGACGGAGCGAGACAGACACAGAAAGAGAGAGAGAUCUGGAGAGAGCAAGAUAGACGGAGCGAGACAGACACAGAAAGAGAGAGAGAUCUGGAGAGAGCAAGAUAGACGGAGCGAGACAGACACAGAAGGAGAGAGAGAUCUGGAGAGAGCAAGAUAGACAGAGCGAGACAGACACAGAAGGAGAGAGAGAUCUGGAGAGAGCAAGAUAGACGGAGCGAGACAGACACAGAAAGAGAGAGAGAUCUGGAGAGGGCAAGAUAGACGGAGCGAGACAGACACAGAAGGAGAGAGAGAUCUGGAGAGAGCAAGAUAGACGGAGCGAGACAGACACAGAAAGAGAGAGAGAUCUGGAGAGAGCAAGAUAGACGGAGCGAGACAGACACAGAAGGAGAGAGAGAUCUGGAGAGAGCAAGAUAGACGGAGGGAGACAGACACAGAAAGAGAGAGAGAUCUGGAGAGAGCAAGAUAGACGGAGCGAGACAGACACAGAAGGAGAGAGAGAUCUGGAGAGAGCAAGAUAGACGGAGCGAGACAGACUUUCCUACAAACAACAGAUGUAAUUGGUACCUUUUGAAAUCUCUUGGAACACAACUCUAAACUGAGUGUAGGAGUCUCUGAUCACAUCUUUAACCAUAUUUCCUUUGAAUUUCACACUGAUGGAAACUUCUUUGUACCUCACCCUCCUAAUCUCAGGGUUCUACACACCUUCCUCAUGUCUUCAUCAGUAUCACCUCAUUACCAACUAUAUGAACUGGACUGAUGCCCAGAGUUACUGCAGAGCACAUUACACUGAUCUGGCAACAGUAGAUGACAUGGAGGACCAGAACAGGCUGAUUACCAGUGUCAGUAGUUAUAAUUCCUGGUUCUGGAUUGGACUGAAGAAGGGAGACUCCAUGAAGUGGAACUGGUCUCUGGCAGACAGACGUUUCUACAGAGAGGGGGAGACUGAGUUCAGAAACUGGGACACUGGGACGCCCCAAAAUGGUAACUGUUAUUUAAUGAGUACAGCUGGUCUGUGGAACAACACCUCCUGUGAUGACCAGCAUCACUUCAUCUGUUAUGAUGGAAAACAAGGCACCAACAUAACAUACGUCUUAAUUCAGGAGAACAGGACCUGGAUAGAUGCUCAGAGUUACUGCAGACAGUAUCACACAGACCUGGUCAGUGUGAGGAACCAGACAGAGAACACAGAGAUAGAGAAGAAGAUAUCACUGAGGGGACUUCCUGUGUGGAUCGGUCUGUUUCUAGACUCCUGGAGAUGGUCAGACCAGAGUGACUCCUCAUUCAGAAACUGGUUGUCAGGACGGCCUUCAACAGAUCAGGGAUACAACUGCACUCUGGUGCAUUCUAAUCAUUAUUUUUAUUAUUAUUCUAAAUGGAUAAAUCAUCCCUGUGACUACAACUGUCCUUUCAUCUGCUAUGAGGCUCUUCAACUGAAGAGACAGGUGGUGAGAGUGAAGAUGACACAAAGGGAUCAACAUCUGAACCUCAGAGAUCCUGCUGUUCAAGACGCCAUCGUACAAGAGAUAAGGAACAAGCUGAAGGAGCAGGGGUUACCUGCAGACACCAAAGUGACAUGGAAAAAGCAGCCUGAUGGGAAGGUCUUCCACAAGGAGGAAGAGGGGUCUCCCAAGAAAGAAGAGGAGGAGAAGAAGAUGAAGAGGAUGAUGACAAAGAGAGAACUCUAAUUAUGUCAAAUGUUCUCCUUACAUUUCUCUUUUUAUUUACGUUAAUUAUCUGUACUGGUCCAGAUUGUCUCAGUUUAACUGAAACAGGUCUUUAUCUGAGAUACAGUUAAUUGUUUUGUCAUACAGAAUAUUGUUUUAUCAUAUAUUAAUUUUGUUUUACAAUAGUAUGUGAUCUUAAGUUACAAAUCUUUAACAUUGUUCAUUGUUUGAAUCUCUUUUGUUAGUUUAUAUAUUAGAACCUAGUUUCAACUGUAGACUUGAUGGUUCAUUUGAAAUAUUAAUAAACAACAUGGUGAGAGAUGCUCUUUUUCCUCAGUCAUUAUAGACAGUAUUCAGACUUGAGAUCUACUCACUGAAAUUGCUGUGCAUUGACACCAAUGAAUGAUUCAGGUGAAAGUCCCAGUUGGAAGCACAUGGAUCUCAUGUCAGAUUACCAUCCUAACAGCUCUGUAUUUCUUUACUGGAAAUUCAUUUAAAUUUAAAUAAAUAAUCUGUCAUUCAUCUACAAGGAUUUAUUUUAAUCA